GAUGAGGAGCAGGGGGAAGGAGAAGAACGCCCCAAAUACAAGACUCUGGUGAAUCAGCUCGCUGCUCCCAAAAUCCCAGAAGGAGAGAGGGUUGACUUCGAUGACAUCCACAGGAAGAGGAUGGAGAAAGAUCUCCUGGAGCUCCAGACUCUGAUCGAUGUGCACUUUGAGCAACGGAAGAAAGAGGAAGAGGAGCUGAUCGGGCUCAAAGAAAGAAUUGAGAGCCGGCGAGCGGAGAGGGCCGAGCAGCAGCGAGUCAGAGCCGAAAAAGAGCGGGACAGACAGACCAGGAUUGCAGAGGAGAGACAGAGGAAGGAGGACGAGGAGGCGAAGAAGAGGGCGGACGAUGAGGCCAAGAAGAAGAAGGUGCUGUCCAACAUGGGGGCUCACUUCGGAGGGUUCCUCGCAAAGGCAGAGCUGAAGCGGGGCAAAAGACAAACUGCGAGGGAAAUCAAGAAGAAGACUCUGGCAGAACGACGCAAGCCGCUGGCCAUCGAGAACCUGAGAGAGGACGGCCUGAGAGAGCGAGCCAAAGAGAUGUGGGAGCGGAUCUACCAGCUGGAGUCUGAGAAGUUCGACCUGACGGAGAAGAUGUGGAGGCAGAAGUAUGAGAUAAAUGUCCUCCUGAACAGAAUCCAACAUGCACAGAAAUUCAAAAAAGUCCACGGUAAGGGGAAGGUUGGCGGCCGCUGGAAGUGAAUGCAGACAGAUACACACCCGGGGCACGAACGAAACCACAUGUUUAUCUGUGGUUUAGUUUGCUGAUUUUAAAACGGACAGCUUUGUAGUGUCACUCAUUUGUGCUACGUAAGAGGUGUUGUGUG